GAGUUCGAAAAGUCACUUCGUUUGGCAAUUAUUAGGCAUAUUACUGUAGCACUAAGACUAGUUAGCUAAGAACUCUCUUUUAUUAGGAACAAUAGUUUUUCUCUUAAUUGUCUAACUAAAACUUAGAUUUUUUAUGGAUUUUUGUGUUUAAAACAUUCGUUAGUGAGCUUCUGAAGGAAAAAACUUAUGUGUGGUAAAUGCAGGCUCUAUGUCUGGCCCUAGUGAAAACCCCUGUGUUCAAGUGUUGGUAGCCUAAAUCACUUGAUGUAUUCUUUUAGCUCAGUGUUGUUGUCAACCUUUUUAUAGGGCUAACCAGUACCUCAUUUUGCCACCUUUAAGAGGCUGACUUUUUUCUACAGCCCGCCUUCAUAGGUCAAUCAAGGCAUUAACAAUAUACCUCUCUGUCUCCUGACACCCCCACCACACAUGGGAAUUGUCCAAUGGCCCAUUGAAGCUGUGAGAAUGUCGAGGGGGUAUGUAGACCGUAAGCGUAGGUUCAGCGAUGUACAGGAGAGCUACACAGACACGUACGCCGGCCCCGAGGAGUUUGUGGAGGCGGGAACGCGCGGAUUCCUUGUGUCCACUCUGCCAGACAAAGAAGAGUUUGGUGUGGACGACGCCAUCGAACUCUUGAGGCAGGCGGCAAUCAAACUGACGGGUGGGAUUAAGGCUGGCAAGAAAACCAAUGUGGACUCCGGCUAUGUGAGAAUUGACUUCAUGGACCCUAAGGCUGUGACUCUCCUCCCACGCCCUGAUGGGGAGGAAGAGGAGGAGGAGGAGGAGGAAGAAGAGAAAAAGGAAGAGGGAAAGGAAGAGGGAAAAGAAAAAAAAACAGAAGAAAGUGACCAGAAGGAGUCGGGGGGGACUGAAGACACGGCUGGUGGGAAGCAAGAGUCGGGGGAGGAGGAGGAGAAGGAGGAGGGAAAGGAGAAGGAGGAGGAGUCAGAUGACAAAGACAAAAAGGAGGAACUGGAUGAUAAGGAGAAGAAAGAGGAUCAGGAAGAAGAGAAAGAGACAAAAGAGGAAGACAAGAAGGACUCCAAGAAAGAAAAAGAAAGCGAGAGCAGUGAGAAGAAAGGAACGAAAGAGGAGAAGUGGAGCGAGAAAAGCAAAGACGGGAAGGACAAAGGCAAAGAGAAAAAGACAGAAAGACGAUACGUGUUCAUGAAAAGUAGCUACAAGUUCAAGGCCUUCCGCACAGAGAUCAGGAACUUGAUGUUCGUCAAGAGUGACUUCCCCGACCCCUGCCAGCUGGCCGUAGCUGCCAUGGAGAUUGUCGUGGCUCGCAAGUUGUCGUCUGGCGACUCUGUCUCUCAACUCAUGCCGGCCCUGGGGGUCUGCGAGUUUGACCUCUUUCAGCUGGAGGUGAUGUGUCGGCGAGUGCUGGGCCCCGUGUUCGACGAGAGCCUCCCGCCCAAGACGGUGAGCGUCAUGUUGUUUGACAAACUCUCCGAGCCGGGCUCUCUCAUGCUGAUGGAGGUCGUGCGCAACACCAUCUGGUCCAUCAACCCCCUGACCUGCACCGCCUCGCCCCUCACAGAGCCUGACCUGACCCUGAGGCUGGAGGUCAUCGGGAGCAAGCUCAUCAUGUGCUGUAUGUCGCAGUUCAUCAAAUAUCGCCAGUACUCACCCAAUCUGCUGCUGAGCCUGGGAGAGGGAGAGGCGGAGGACGACGACCUGACCCACAUCUCCACGGAGCAGAGGAGGGAGUACGAGGAGAGGAGAGAGAGGAAGCGCAAGCAGGAGGAGGAGAGGAAGAUGAGAGAGGAGGCCAAGAGGCUGAAGAGAGAGCAGGAAGCGAAGGAACGACAGGAGAGGAGGGCAGCGGAGGAGGCUAAGAGGGAGGAGGAACGAAAGAAGAAAGCAGAGAGGAAAGAGAAAGCUGAAGCUGAGAAGACAAAAGAAGGUGAGGCAGAAACGGAUACGCCGAAAAAUGAUGAGAAAGUGAAAGAAGAAACAGGCGAGGAAGGAAGUGAGCCCAUGGAGACAGACGACAGACCGAAAGGACGAAGGAGGUCGAGAAAGUCGACCUGUGAGGAGGAGGAGACAGCAGAGGUCAAGGACUCCGAUACUGGUGGCGACGCCCACGCCGGCCAGGAGGAAGAUGGUGGGAAAAGUGCUCGCUCCAAACGAUCGUCGUCGAGGAUAUCACGGAAAUAGUUGUUGGUCACUUGUCCUAUUUUCUUUGUACUUUUCUUUUUCCUUUCACGUGUCAUUUACUGGACUUUGCUAGUCCCAGUUUGAUGACAUUUCUGUUGCCCACGUUUAGCUGUACAUGAAUCGUGUGGUAAGGUCCAUUCAUUGGUUUCAUUAAACUACUGAAGACAGAAAACGCUUCUCAU